CAGUGAACACACACUCUGACAGUCAGAGUCGACGCGGCAGCAGAGCUCAGCGCUCAGCUCUGGAUGUUUGGUGAGACGGAGGCUCACAGAGACACGGACACAGAGGACCGGAGCGGACUGCCGGUGGAUGUGUGAGUCUGUGCCCGGGCUGCGGUGGAUCUGUGCCGGCCCCGCUGUGAAUGGGAUUACGCCGGUUGUUCCGCGUCUCCCGGAGGAACCAUGCGGCCGCAGAGCUUCUCGGUGCCGCCGCCGCCGCUGCUGCUGCUGCUGCUGCUGCUCGGGCUCUGCAGCGGCACAAGUUUCCCAAGUAACAUCAACAUAGGAGGCCUUUUCCCCACCGGCUCCCAUGAGUACGAGGUGUUUCGCUUCGCCCUGGCGCAGCACCAGGACGUCCCCAAACUGGUGCCACAGGUCGACAUGGUGGACACGGGGAGCAGCUUCGCCAUGACCUACGCCUUCUGCUCCCAGUUCUCCAAAGGCGUGUAUGCCAUCAUGGGUCUGUACGACCGGCGGACGGUCAACAUGCUGAUGUCCUUCUGCGGCUCUCUGCACGUGUGCUUCGUCACGCCGUCCUUCCCUGUUCACACCAACAAUCAAUUUGUCCUGCAGUUGCGGCCCCAGCUGCAGGAGCCCCUCAUGGCCCUGCUGGAGCACUUCUACUGGACCAGGUUCGUCUACAUGUACAGCUCCGACUCAGCAGCGAGCAGCGUUCAGACCAGCUGUAAACAUCACAAAAAUGUAAUUAGCAUAUCAUUUAUUCUGAAUCCUCAGAUUGCUGCUCAGAGGAGGAACUUGAAGAACUACCAUUACAUCCUGGCCAAUCUGGGCUUCAUGGACCUGAACAUGACAGAGUUCCAGAAGCUCGGUCCAAACGUGACGGGCUUCCAGCUUGUGAACCGGUCCGAUCCAGCUGUGGAGAAGAUCAACCAGGACUGGCUGGACUUCGACAGCAAAGACCUCAAACUGGCCCGCAGGAGUCUCAGGACAGAAGUUGUCAUUAAAUACUUUAACUACAUGAGGCCGGUGAUACUUGUGUACUUUUACUGCAGAUACUUUAACGACCCGUCUGUCUCUCUGUCUCAGGUGAGUCGUUUCAGUCCGUACGAAUGGCACGGUGAAGACUCUGAUGAUGAAGAUGAAACUCUGCCUUCUUCUGGUUCUCGACGAGCUCUGCCGACCUCUUCCUCUGAGCUCACUCACUCUCCAGGGUUUUCUCAGAACCAGAACCAGCAGAAAGAAAAGGAGACUCCAGAACACACCAACGACUUUGGGAUCUUUAACUCUCUCUGGUUCUCACUGGGAGCCUUCAUGCAGCAGGGCUGUGACAUCUCCCCCAGGUCACUCUCAGGUCGAAUCGUGGGAGGAGUUUGGUGGUUUUUCACCCUCAUCAUCAUCUCCUCCUAUACAGCCAACCUGGCAGCCUUCCUCACUGUGGAGAGGAUGGUGUCCCCCAUAGAGAGCGCCGAGGACCUGGCCAAGCAGACCGAGAUCGCCUAUGGUACCCUGGACGGAGGAUCCACUAAAGAGUUCUUCAGGCGGUCAAAGAUUGCAGUUUUUGAGAAGAUGUGGUCGUACAUGCGAAGCGCAGACCCUUCAGUGUUCGUCAAGAACACUAACGAGGGCGUGAUCAGAGUCAGGAAGUCGAAGGGGAAGUAUGCCUACCUCCUGGAGUCGUCCAUGAACGAGUACAUCGAGCAGAGGAAGCCCUGUGACACCAUGAAAGUGGGGGGAAACCUGGACUCUAAAGGUUAUGGAGUGGCCACGCCCAAAGGAUCGCCCCUCAGAAACCCUGUAAACUUGGCAGUAUUAAAACUGAACGAGCAGGGCCUGUUGGACAAAUUGAAAAACAGAUGGUGGUAUGACAAGGGAGAGUGCGGCAUCGGGGGAGGGGACUCCAAGGACAAGACGAGCGCGCUCAGUCUGAGUAAUGUGGCUGGAGUGUUUUACAUCCUAAUCGGAGGGCUGGGGCUCGCCAUGCUGGUCGCUCUGGUCGAGUUCUGCUAUAAGUCCCGCAUCGAGUCGAGAAGAAUGAAGGAGCUCAUUGAUGCCGCCAUGACAAGCACCAGCCUUGGCGGGAUGGCGGGCGGAGGAGGAGGUGGAGGAGGUGCGGCGGGGGCUGGUUAUGGAGGAGGAGCGUCAGGGCUCGGAGGAGAGAACGGACGCGUGGUGGCGCAUGACUUCCCGAAAGCUGGAUCUCAAGGUUUACCCUGCAUGAGCAAAGCUGCCGGCCUGGGACUGUCCUCCUCAGGCAUGUGAUCAACACUGAGACUCCUGAUUGGACGGGAUGCUCCUGCCUGCCUGUCUGUCUGUCUGUCUGUCUGUCUGUCUAACUGUUGGAGAGGAAGGAAAGGAGGAGACAAGGAGGUGAAGUGGAGGAAAGAAAAAAUGGAGGAGGUAGGAAAGAAGAGGGGGGAAAGGUGAAGAGAUUGGAGGACGGAGAAAAGACAAAAGGAGAAAAGGUGCGACAGGAAACUAAAGAAGAAAGGAGGGAGAGUGGUGGAGGAAGGAGGAAAUGAAAGAAGGAGACAUAGGACAGGAGAGUAUGUGAAGGAGAGGAGGUCAGGCAGGCAGAGGGAGGAGUGUUCUUGUCCACUAUGACUGGACUGGAAGAACUCUGAUGAACAGAGAGCACCUGAACACAACACAAGCUCCUGCAGAGACGAGCGACUGGGUUUAACGAACUCUUCAAAACAAACUUUUUCUACGAGCGCUGUCUUAAACUGAACGCCUCCUCUUCUGCAAUAAUAGAACCAGAGGAGGGAUUCGUUUUUUAUUUUACCUUCUGAAUUAAUGCACCUGCUCUUCUUCUUCUUCUACUGUUCCUCAUCCCGCCCCUUCACUCCUCUUCCUCCAGUUCAGCAGCUUCGUCACGUUCACACUAAACGCCACUGUCAUAUCUGAGAAGCGAGAAGAGUUUGAGCAUGAGAUUAAAACACACACAAACACAUGUUGGUGAUGAAACUGCUGAUGAUAUUCAGGGUAGCAUCUGAUCAGUGAGCUGCCUCCUGAAUAAUGAUGAGCAUGAUGACAGGCGUGUCACACGCCCAGUUUUCUGCACAGAACGCUUUUUGUUUGUACGUUUUGUGGCGGACGUACGUUGAUGUGACGUUAGAGGUCUUCAGAGGUCCAAAAUGUUUGAGCCGAUCUGAAAUGAACACGUGGAACCAGAGCCUGAGCUGACGACCGUCAACCUGUAGAGACUCAGAGAACACCGACACCUGCAGCAGCGUGACGGUCUGUCCCUUAACGAGCGGCCAUGUCAUAAAAAUGAAAAAAAAUCUAAAAAAUAAAAUACAUAUUAUAUAAACUAUACAGCAGUAUGUCCUCUGGACGCACAGUGUUGGGGAGUAAUUAAAUUACAUAAAAAAUUGAAUCUGUCACAGUUAGUAAGAAGAAAAUACGUGGCUAAAGCCUGAAGCUAACAAGUCCCAGAUCAUGAUAUCACGCUAACAGACUGAGGCUAAAGCUAACGGGUCCUUUGUCAUGAAAUUGUGCUAACUGACUGAGGCUAAAGCUAAGAGGUUCCAGGUCAUAAUGUUAUGCUAAUGGACUGCAGCUAAAGCUAACCAGUCUCACAUCACGAUAUCACACUAACAGACUGAGGCUAAAGCUAACAGGUUCCAGGUCAUAAUGUUAUGCUAAUGGACUGCAGCUAAAGCUAACCAGUCUCACGUCACGAUAUCACGCUAACUGACUGAGGCUAAAGCUAACAGGUUCCAGGUCAUAAUGUUAUGCUAAUAGACUGAGGCUAAAGCUAACCAAUAGGUAACGUAAUUCAUAUGUAAUUACAUUUAAGUACCUGAGUUGAUUCUCUUUGGUAAAAACUUUAUAAAACAUUAAUUUUGUAGCUUUGUAUCUUUUUGGCGUCACCUGUUUCCGGACGCCUGUUUUAUAGCCUAAUUUAAUGUUUGUUGGAAAAGUAAUCAAAUAAGUUACAUUACUUUGAUGAAGUAAUUAAAAUAGUUACACUAAUCUGUAACAUAAUAUUUUGAGAAGUAACCUUCCCAACGCUGUGUUCACAUUACAACAUUGUUACAAUGCAUUGUGGCGUUAAUGACAUCAGGAACUGUGACAUCAUUACUGAUUGUUUUCAGCUGUGAUCCGAAAUGAAAAUCGGCAGAAUUUUUUGGAAUAUUUGCUUGUUUUUGCUUGUUAAUGAACAAUAUUCAUUUCAUGUUUUUAUUUUUUAUUUUUUCAAAUCUGCAGACAGUCUGCGCAGAUCUGUGUAGGUCUGCUCAUCACGACUCGUCAGCACAUUACUGUAAUAAAUUACCAUUGAACUUCAGUUAGUAGCCCGGGCUAUUAUUGGCUUAAAUCACUGAACUCAACAGGCCGAUAUUUGAGACAGGCCUUUAAUUCCUUUCACACAAAACUGUUUAUUAGCAAAGAUCAUUAAAUAUGAUCAAACUGUAUAAAUAUGAAUUAGGCUUUAGAUAAUGUGUCAUUUAUGAAUCAGUGAUUUGAUCUAACUCGGACUGACCCCGCUUUAUCCUGUUGAAACAAUCCCCACACCUUGGAUUUAUUUUUAGGAAAAACCCUUUUGAUUCUUUAGAUCUGAGGACCCUUACAGACUGAAGGAGAAUCCAGGAAGUGACACAUAAUUUUAGGUGGCCGACAACCUGGUUUUAUACAUCUGAAGAACUUUUAUUUUUAAAAAAAUGAACUGCUUGACAACCAGACCAGUCCUCUAAUUGAGACAGGCCUGUAUUUGUCACAAUGUGUAGCCACAGCGGGCUGGUUAAAGAGACUGGGCCUUUAACUGGGACUAGGCUUUUAAUUGGAGUUUUACGGUACUAAGUAACUACUGAUGAACACAUACAGAGCGCGUUCAGGUCUGUUCACAUCCAUGUGAGUACACAGACCUGAGACUCAAACAUUAUUUGCACCCCUGAAGAUCUCUAACUUGUCUCUCUGCCACGGUAUUUAUUAAAAUUGCAGCGAUUAGUUGAUUAACCAACACAGAAGAACUAUUUUGAUAUUGGAAAAAUGGUGGAAGUGAUUUUUUUAAUCAUUUGCUGAUUUCAUGUUUCUUAAGUUUGAUGUUUUUCUUUGUCAUUCAUGAUAAUAAACUGAAUAACUUUGGAUUUUUAGACUGUUUGUCAGUUAAAACAAACGAUUCAAAGACGUCACCUCAGGCUCUGGGAAAUUACAUGUUUCACUAUGCUCUGACAUUUUACUGACAAAAAGAGUAAUCGAGGAAAUAAUGUGCAGACAAUGAAAAUGACUGUUAGCUGCUGAAUAAAUAUUCAUAAUUCACCAAACUGGCCCAAAUACAAGAUGCUUUUUUGUUAUUACAAUUAUUUUUUAUUAAUUAUUAGUUAUUUUAUAAUUACAUUGUUUAAAUCAUGAGAGGGAUUGUAUUUAAAUUUUCAUUGUACAUCUGUACAGUAAACGUGAUGCUACAGCUAGCUUAGCUUAGCCUAGCUUAGCUUACCAUAAAGUCUAGAAUCAGAUAAAACAUGUUGGUUCAAGUCAAUUGCUUGUGCAAAUAAAACAAACUGGAUACAACAUGUUGGUGUGUUUGUUACUUCUGAACAGAGUCGGACUGUUUCCAGAUGUUUCAAGUCUUAAUGCUAAGCUAAGCUAAUAGGCUGCUGGCUGUAGCUUCAGAUUUACUGAACAGACACGAGAGUGGCCUCAGUCUUUUUGUCAAACUCUCGGCUCAGUUCCCAAAAAUAUAGUUUUAAGUUAAUUCAAAACAUUUUGGACAAACUCAAACAGACUUCUGGCUUCAAAUAUGUGUAAUUCUGGAAAUAAAAUACAUGGCCUCUUACUUUAUUUUGUUACACAAAACAGCAAGCGAGUUUAAGUGUAAACUGUGGCACAUCUCAAGGCUCCGAUUUAAAUUAUAUCCGAACGUCUUUUAUGAUAAAGUUUUAAGUCUGAUCAAAAACAAGGAAAAGUCGUAGUGUACACACAUCCCAACAAUGAGUAAAUAUAAUAUAAAUACAGAGACUGAGAAAACUCAACAAACUGCAGUUUAAUAAGAAAACAAGCACAUCGGUAAAAGAUUAGCUGUAACUAAAUAUUAUUUUCAUUGUUAUUCUGCCAAUUAUAUUGUUGAUUGAUUGACAUUUGAAAAAUAAAUGUGAUGCCUCCAAUCAUCAGUCCAAACCCAAAAAAUAUUCAGUGAUUAUUCUUGAAAAAUGACUCAAAAGAAAAUAAAUCCAUAACUGUUUUUAAUUUAAUAUAAUUUAAUUGAUAAAUCAACAAUUUUCUUCAGCUGGAAAAAAGAUCUUUAACACGUACGUUCGUUCAGGAAAAAAAAUGCUGCAAAUACAUAAAACAUUAAUAUUGAAAAAACGCUGGCCACCAUUUGACAUCACAAAGGAACACGCUGCAGAUACAGACUCUUUUGCUGUUGGUAAAGGGUCUGAUGGUUUUUGGUGGGUGGGGCUUAGCUGGAGGCAAAACACAAAGAUUAGCUAGCGCUAGCUAACAAGUUCUGGGUCGAUAUGUUUCGAAUGACUUCCUGUUUAGUUGUUUUCUUUCUGUCAAAGUGUUGAAGGUGUUUUUUUUCUGGAGUUGCAGGAGCUCUCUGGAGCAGGAAACAAAAGCUAAACGUCCACAUGAUCACACGAUGCAGUGAACUUGAAUUAUAUUUUUUUGGUCCUCAAAUUGUUUUGUUAGCGAGCAGAUGUUAACUCGGUCAAAGUUAAAGUUCAUGUAGAAAGUGUCUUUCUGUUCUGUUGUGACAUUUAAUUUCUGUUCUCGGACGUCAUGCCGUUGAUUAUGUUGCUUAUUUAUUUUACAGAAAGAAUAAGAUCACCACUGUUUGUGUGACUUUUCCUUUCACCUGGAGGCUGAGUGACGUUCACUGAACACAAUCAUGACCUUUACUGCUAACGGAAACCUGCUCUGAACUUUUUAUACUCUGAAACUGAACAAAUAUCAGGAAUAAUAUGUUCACAUUUGUAUGAUAUGAAUGAUUCAUGUGCCGAGCUUCACUCUGUUUCUCUCAACGAUGUUAUUUUUUGAUUUAUUUAUAUUUAAUUAUUUUGAUUUUGUUGAUUACGUUCUGAUCAGUUACUCUAUUUAAUAAAAACUCUGAACAUCA